CCGACAAGUCCAUGUCCAUUUUACUCGGACGUCCCAUCUGCCUUCGCGAUGAAGACUGUACACUUCACUUCCCCAAAGAAGUCGAUGAUGAAUAGUAAGUCUAUCAACCGUCCAGUUCGCGCAACCUCUCCUCUUCUGCUCGCGACCCCCUCAUCCCACCCCGGAUAUCGGUCUCUCCAUUCUUGGGCAUCGGUCACUUAUUCUCAAACUCAAUGGGCGAAUUGCCUGAUUGAGAUAACUAUCACUUCCACUGCAAUUCUGCCUCAACCAGCCGGCAAGACUGCCAUCGUUUCUGGGCUGAACUACAUCACCCGGAUCUUCGCCCUAUUGGGCGAGAUCCUCGUCCGCAUCCGAGUGGACAAGCGUUCUCCCCCACAAGGUCCUUUCGCUACCGCUCGCCUUGAGGAAGUGCGCUCGCUUCAUGCACGCAUCCUCGGCGCCCUUGCUCAUGCCCCUGCCCCUCUCCGUCUCAAGAACAUUGGAAUGGGCGGCCCUGGCCAUGUCACCAACGGCGUUAAUGGUACGCAAGUUGGCUCAGUAGCGGUCGGUGCCAAUGGUGUCGGCGCUGGUGUUACUACUGGGGCCGGUGACUGGCCGGGAGGUGCUGGUUUCAGGCAGGCGACCUUCCAGGAAGUCAGAGAGUUCUUUGACAAUCCCAAGGCAUCGCGUUCGCACGCGAGCAAUCCAUUCCUGGUGAUGCAGGCGAAUCUCUAUGUGACACAGCAAUUGGUUCGCUUUGUCAUUGAGCAGUAUCGCGACGAGCUGAUGCUCUCGAUGCACGCUGCCACUGGAGAGGAGAUCGAGCAAUCUUCUCAGGAGGACCGCGAAGCUGUGGCCAGCGACCUUCUCAACGUCCUACACAGCAUCCCCAUCCAAGCCAUCGCUACCAACGGCCCGUCGCUGGUCCACAAAGUCCGCUUCGUUGCGUCGACAUUGUUGGACGCUGUCCGAAAGGCAGAGACCGCUCCGGUCUCGGCGGCGAGAGCUCAUGCUUACCUCUGGGACUUCCUUUCUAUUCUGUCCGAGAUCGAAAGGAACUAUCUGCUCGAUGACGACGUCGAUGGGGCUAGCAACGGUGAUGGUGUCCCCCUCCUCAACAGCGCAUGA